GGUGCUUGCCCAGCCCUCCUGUCGGUGUGGCUCCUAGGGUAUCGAGUGCUCUCUGGGAGUUUUGAUUAAAGCCCAAAUACCUUCAGUCAGAAGGCUGGGCACUGGAAAAGAAGACCGUACAGGGGCCUGGAGUGGCUGAGAGAAGAGGCUAAACACUUACCUAUGGCUGUUUAGUGUAAUUAUCCAUCACAUUUGGGAUUGUGGAAGGGAAGUAAUUUAAAAUCAGUUGAAGUCGCCCAAGUUUUGUUCACUUUUGUGGGCGCCGACCAUGGAGAUGCAAAGGUGGUCCACAAGGUGGAAAACGAAAAGGUGGAUUAUGGAUUCCACUGUAACCGCAUUCAUCACUUUAACCCUGGUUCUGCAGGCUACAACUGUCAGAGCAGCUGAACCGGUGGACGUGCUAAAAGUAUUAGAUUUUCACAAUUCCCCCGAAGGAGUUCGGAAAACAUCGGGAUUUUGCACAAACCGAAGAGCGUCUAAGCCGGACACAGCCUACAGAGUUGGAAAACUGGCCCAAAUCAGUGCUCCCACCAAGCAGUUAUUCCCAGGGGGUGUGUUCCCUGAAGACUUCUCCAUCCUGACCACCCUCAGGCCCAAGGCCGGCAUCCAGUCCUUCCUGCUGUCUGUUUACAGUGAGCAGGGCGUGCAGCAGCUGGGGGUGGAGGUGGGACGCUCACCUGUCUUCCUGUAUGAGGACCAGAGUGGCAAGCCCGCCCCUGAGGACUACCCCCUGUUCCGCUCUCUCAACCUGGCCGACGGAAAGUGGCAUCGUGUGGCCAUCAGUGUGGAGAAGAAGACGGUCACCAUCAUCGUGGACUGUAAACAGAAGAUCACCAAACCCCUCCUCAGGAGUGACCGUGCCUCUAUUAACACCAACGGGAUCACUGUGUUCGGAACCAGGAUCCUUGACGAGGAAGUCUUUCAGGGUGACAUCCAGCAGCUGCUGAUUGUGGCCGAUCCUAAAGCAGCUUAUGACUACUGUGAACACUACAGCCCAGACUGUGAAACUCCCCACGGGCACUCCCUGCAGGCCCAGCAGCCCGAGGACGAGUACACUACUGCUGAUGACUUAGAUUACACUCAGUUCUAUGAUUACUCUGAAGUAGAAGGAGAGACAGAGAAUGUUCCAACAGACGAGUAUGAGGCGGGUAGUGACCCUCAGCUAAACAAUGUAGACGGAGAAUACACUGAGUAUACUGACAGUGAGCUUGACUACGGAACUGUAGAGGGUACUCAAACUCAGUCUCCCAUUGCCACCAGUGGACCAAACGAGGCUGUCGAGGAGGAGAUUGUUGCUGGUGACUAUGUUGUCACUGGAGCCGCCCCACUGAGUCAGGAGCCCACCGGUGCCCCCGAGGCUGGCCUGGACAGUGUGGACCCCGGAGAGGACGAGUAUGACUUUAAGGAGUAUGACCUAGGGGGCGUAUUGGACAAUAAGCAGUAUGAGUAUGGGGUGUAUGAUGAGUAUGGAAAUGUGGCCGCUGAGCUACCCAACCACAUGGAUACUGUUGAAGAAGAGGUGGGGCUGGGGGUUCCCGCGGAAACGGAGGAAUUCACCCAGACUGCAGUGGCUGGUGGUGGGGAGAAAGGAGAGAAGGGCGAACCCGCUGUGAUCGAACCUGGCAUGCUGAUUGAAGGACCUCCUGGACCUGCAGGCCCAGCUGGUCUACCAGGCCCCUCAGGUCUGCAUGGACCCCCUGGUGUUGCUGGAGAUCCUGGUGACAGGGGUCCCGCAGGGCGGGCUGGUCUGGCAGGAGCCGACGGUUUACCAGGUCCUCCUGGUACCAUGCUGAUGCUGCCAUUCCGUUUUGGAGGGGACGGAGAGAAGGGACCCGUAGUGUCUGCUCAGGAGGCCCAAGCCCAGGCCAUCCUCUCCCAGGCUAGACUCGCCAUGAGAGGUCCCUCAGGUCCAAUGGGUCUCACAGGAAGAUCCGGUCCAGUGGGUGUUCCUGGUUCUGCUGGACUUAAAGGUGAUAGUGGAGAUCCUGGUCCUCAGGGCCCCAGGGGAGUCCAAGGGUCUGCAGGACAAAUAGGCAAAUCUGGCAAGAGGGGUCGUGGCGGAGCCGAUGGGGCCCGAGGAAUGCCUGGAGAGUCAGGCUCUAAGGGUGACAGAGGCUUUGAUGGCCUUCCCGGUCUGCCUGGUGAGAAGGGACACAGGGGGGAGACAGGACCACUGGGACCACCUGGAGCCCCUGGAGAAGAUGGACAGAGAGGCGAGGAUGGAGAGAUCGGGCCAAGGGGAUUGGCUGGAGAGAGUGGUCCUAGAGGUCUGCUUGGGCCCCGCGGUCCACCCGGUCCCACUGGACAGCCUGGUGUAGCUGGAGUGGACGGGCCACACGGUCCCAAAGGAAACAUGGGACCUCAAGGAGAGCCAGGACCUCCGGGUCAGCAGGGGAUCCCAGGGACACAAGGUCUUCCUGGUCCUCAAGGUCCCAUCGGACCACCUGGUGAAAAAGGACCUCAGGGCAGGUCGGGGUUGGCUGGUUUACCCGGGUCAGAUGGACCUCCUGGUCAUCCUGGUAAAGAGGGCCCACCUGGCGAGAAGGGAGCUUUAGGCCAGUCAGGUCCCCAGGGUCCUAUUGGUUAUCCUGGUCCUCGUGGUGUCAAGGGUGCUGAUGGUGUUCGUGGACUGAAGGGUGGAAAGGGAGAGAAGGGUGAGGACGGUUUCCCUGGGUUCAAGGGAGAUAUGGGUCUCAAAGGUGACAGGGGUGAGCUCGGUGUGCUUGGGCCCCGCGGGGAGGACGGACCUGAGGGCCCCAAGGGCCGAGCAGGGCCCAACGGAGAGUCUGGCCCCAUGGGUGCUGCUGGAGAGAAGGGAAAACUGGGUGUUCCAGGAUUACCCGGCUACCCAGGAAGACAAGGUCCAAAGGGUUCCAGCGGCUUCCCGGGCUUCCCAGGGGCCAACGGAGAGAAAGGAGCCAGGGGCGUGGCGGGCAAACCCGGUCCAAGGGGGCAAAGAGGUCCAACGGGUCCACGAGGGGGUCGGGGUGCUAGAGGUCCUACAGGCAAGCCAGGCCCUAAGGGCACGGCGGGCAAUGAUGGUCCACCUGGCCCGCCUGGUGAAAGAGGACCUCAAGGACCCCAGGGCCCCGUCGGGUUCUCAGGACCAAAGGGCCCCCCUGGACCACCUGGAAAGGAUGGGCUGCCCGGCCACCCUGGUCAGCGAGGAGAGACGGGAUUCCAAGGAAAGACAGGUCCACCCGGCCCAGGGGGUGUCGUUGGUCCUCAGGGUCCCACAGGAGAGACCGGUCCCAUCGGUGAGAGAGGCCACCCUGGACCCCCAGGUCCACCCGGAGAGCAGGGUCUUCCCGGCUCUGCUGGCAAAGAGGGAGCCAAGGGAGACCCCGGUCCCCAAGGAGCCUCAGGUAAAGACGGUCCCGCUGGUCUACGAGGAUUCCCAGGAGAGAGAGGUCUUCCCGGCGCGUCGGGUCCAGCUGGUUUGAAGGGAGGAGAAGGACCUCAGGGUCCCUCUGGCCCCGUGGGCUCCCCUGGUGAGAGAGGUGCUGCUGGACCUGCCGGCCCUAUCGGUUUAUCUGGUAGAACUGGCCCUCAGGGGCCCCCAGGACCUGCUGGAGAGAAGGGAGGGCCUGGUGAGAAAGGUCCCCAAGGACCAGCUGGUCGGGACGGAGUCCAAGGUCCAGUGGGUCUGCCUGGUCCCGCCGGACCUCAGGGUCCACCCGGAGAGGACGGUGAUAAGGGAGAGGUUGGAGAGCCCGGUCAGAAGGGAAGCAAAGCAGACAAGGGUGAACAGGGUCCUCCUGGCCCAGCUGGUCUCCAGGGUCCCAUCGGUAACCCAGGACCUGCAGGAGGUGAUGGAGAGCCCGGUCCCAGGGGUCAGCAGGGGAUGUUCGGACAGAAGGGAGACGAAGGAUCCAGAGGUUUCCCCGGGCCCCCUGGUCCCAUUGGUCUGCAGGGUCUUCCUGGACCUCCAGGAGAGAAGGGUGAGAAUGGCGAUGUCGGUCCGAUGGGUCCCCCCGGUCCACCUGGUCCCAGAGGUCCUCAGGGUCCUAGUGGAGCUGAUGGUGCACAAGGUCCUCCUGGUGGUGUGGGUGCCAUGGGAGGCGUGGGUGAGAAGGGUGAAAACGGUGAAGCUGGCAACCCAGGCACCCCUGGAGAGCCCGGAACUGGAGGGCCUAAAGGCGAGAGAGGAGACAAGGGAGAGGCAGGACCACCCGGAGCUGCCGGACCCGCUGGCGCCAAAGGACCCCCUGGAGAUGAUGGACCCAAAGGCAACCCUGGGCCGGUUGGUUUCCCUGGAGACCCUGGUCCACCCGGUGAGGCCGGUGUUGCUGGAACGGAUGGCUCUGCGGGAGAGAAAGGAGAGGAUGGUGAAUCUGGUCAGCCUGGUCCUCCUGGUCCAUCUGGUGAAUCUGGUCCACCUGGUCCUCCCGGCAAGAGAGGCCCCCCAGGAACUGCCGGUGCAGAGGGUAGACAAGGAGAGAAGGGCGCCAAGGGUGAGUCUGGAGCCGAGGGACCCCCAGGUAAAACUGGCCCAGUCGGCCCACAGGGGCCCUCAGGAAAGCCCGGUCCAGAAGGUCUGCGUGGAAUCCCUGGCCCUGUUGGUGAACAAGGACUUCCUGGUUCCUCUGGACAAGACGGCCCACCUGGACCUAUGGGACCCCCUGGUCUCCCAGGUCUGAAGGGUGACCCCGGGACCAAGGGUGAAAAGGGUCAUUCAGGUCUGAUUGGUCUGAUUGGACCCCCUGGCGAGCAGGGAGAGAAGGGAGACCGAGGCUUGCCCGGACCCCAGGGUUCUCCUGGAGGCAAGGGCGACGGUGGUGUUAGUGGCUCUUCAGGUCCUCUCGGUCCUCCUGGUCCUCCAGGCCUGCCUGGUCCUGGAGGUCCUAAGGGAUCUAAGGGUUCAUCGGGUCCUGCUGGUCAGAAGGGAGACACCGGUACGAUCGGUCCACCUGGUCCUCCUGGUCCCCCUGGCGAGGUGAUCCAGCCACUGCCCAUCCAGUCUCCCAAGAAGAACCGCAGACAUGCAGACAUGCAGGCGGACGCGGCGGGCACCAUGAUGGACUACGGAGACGGCAUGGAGGACAUCUUUGGUUCGCUCAACAACCUUAAACAGGACAUUGAGAGGAUGAAGUACCCAAUGGGCACACAGAACAACCCAGCCAGGACCUGCAAAGACCUGCAGCUCGCCCACCCAGAGUUCCCUGAUGGCGAGUACUGGAUAGAUCCUAACCAGGGAUGUUCAGGGGACUCCUUCUCUGUCUACUGUAACUUCACGGCUGGAGGAGAGACCUGCAUCUACCCAGACAGGAAGUCCAGCGGAGUCAGAAUAUCUUCAUGGCCCAAAGAAAUACCAGGGUCGUGGUUCAGUGAAUUUAAGCGGGGUAAACUAUUGUCAUACGUUGACGCAGCCGGCAACACAAUAAACGAGGUUCAGAUGACCUUCCUGAAACUACUGACUGCCUCUGCCAGGCAGAACUUCACCUAUAACUGCCACCAGUCUGUGGUGUGGCACGACGAGACCACCGACAGCUAUGACAAGGCGCUGCGAUUCCUAGGAUCCAACGACGAGGAGAUAUCCUAUGACAACAACCCCUACAUCAGGGCCCUCUCAGACGGAUGCGCGACGAGGAAGGGCUACGGAAAGACUGUGAUAGAGAUUAAUACUCCCAAAAUCGAUCAGGUUCCCAUCAUAGAUGUCAUGUUGUAUGACUUUGGAGAUGCCAGCCAGAAGUUUGGAUUUGAAGUGGGUCCAGUCUGCUUCCUUGGCUAACUAAAAAACAAAAAAACUUGGUGGGGUCAGAAAGAAAGUCAAGACAUUUUGGAUACCACCCAGCCCCCCCCCACCCUUUUCCAUGCCACAUGCAAGUUUUGAAUUUUAAAAAAAAAAUGGUGUAGCGAACAUGUCUUGCCAUGUAUGUAUGUAUUACCUAGAAAAAUACUUGUUGCCCUUGUAGGGCUAGAAUCACAUGACUUAAAACUGUUAUGGAGCAAAGGUGAAGGACAUUUGAAGGCGUGGCAGGGUAAGGGUGAACAGGAGAAGAACGAGGGAGGUCGAAAGGAGAGAGACACCUCUUUUCUGGUUUCUCCAGGUGCUGUACAAAAGAAAUGACUACAAUGGUGCUUGUUCAAACAACAAAAUAAAGAGGUGCUAAGAAAGAAGGUGCAUUUUGAUGAUAAAAAAAAAAAAAACUGUAAUUAUUAUUUUGUACACUCUGUUUUUUCUGAAUCCACUUUCAAAACUUGCAUGUGUAUCAGAAUCGCAUCUGGCUCUUAAUUUCAAUGUUCGUAAAACAAAAUAUAUAUAUAAGUUAAAGAAAUGAAUAAAAACAGACAGAGAGAAAGAAAUAAUGACGAUAUUUUGUUGAUGAAUAAAUACUGUGUACCUGUUAUGAAGCAAAUAAAAUUAGUAUUCAAACGAUUCCCUAUUUCUAAUGAUAAUGCAUCCCUUUUGUAUAUAUUGACCAUCCAAAGCUCUAGGUUAUUUGCAGUUUUGCCCUUCAAGACCAUAGGUAAAACAACUGGAAACAUCUCACCAACACACAUAUAGCAACAUAUCCCACUAAUGUUGUGAUCCUGUGCUUGUAUUACGCAAUCAUGGAAUUCAAUUCUUCUUUUUAUUUAAGUCAAUUUGUUGUUUUGGGAUUUGUUAAAAAAAAAAAAAUCUGUCCCUUUUUCUUUUUGGUCGUAUACCUCAAACUUUCUUGAUAACCAUAAGAUCCAUGGAUGUUAUGCCCUGUAUAUAUCUUGGUUAAACAAUUAAGUUUAUAUAUUUUGGGUGGGGAAUUUUUUUAAAGAAAGAAAUACUUAUCGGUUAGACAUCUUCUGUUCAGAUCCUUCUGUGAAUACAAUGAUAAGUCCUUUAGGUGACCCAUUUUUGUAACUAAAAUGAGAAAAUGUUUUAAUGUGCUUUUAAUGGUUCAUUUAAAAUAUUAAAACUGGAUUCUAAACAACA